AUGAAGUAUUUCGUUGGACUUGAAAUAGCUAGAAGCAAAGAUGGGAUUUCUGUUUGUCAAAGAAAAUUUGCCCUAGAACUAAUUUCAGACUUAGGUUUGGCAGGCUCUAAGCCUGCAACCACACCCUUGGAAGUCAAUCAAAGACUUACUAGUGUGGCAUAUGACAAAGGCCUUGCAGCUGAUGAUACAGAGAUAGAUGAGGCAAUGGAAGAUGCUACAAGCUAUCAAAAACUAGUGGGAAAGCUACUAUAUCUUACUAUGACUAGGCCUGACAUAGCUUAUGCAGUCCAGAACUUAAGCCAAUUCAUGCACUCGCCCAAGAAGUCACAUAUGGAAGCAACAUUAAGGGUAGUCAAGUACCUAAAAAAUGCACCUGGUCUAGGAAUUCUACUGUCUUCUAAGAGAUCUAAUGAGUUGAUAAUUUUUUGUAAUGCCGAUUGGGCUACUUGUCCCAUGACAAGAAAAUCAGUCAGUGGUUUUGUUGUCAAGAUUGGAGACUCCUUACUCUCGUGGAAGUCAAAAAAAUAG